CAUUCGCUUCCCCGGAGCCGAAUGAAGCAGAGAGCAGGAUUAGAGUCUGCCACCGGCUAUCAGAGGAACGUAGAUAAAAGGAACUGCUUCUUAAGCACCACUGCAGCAGCCCUUGUUAAUUUUUUUUUUCCCCCUUUCCACACAACAGUUGUGCCUCAUUAUCCGGUUCCUGGCUCGAUUUUUUUUUUUUUUUUUUUUUUGGAGGGUUUGAAGUUUCCGUGCUUCAGUGACUGUUACAGAAGAAGAGGUGUUAGUGUUGCCAUGAGGUCUUGACUGUCUGCAUUUAUGAAUGAAACUGACCUAAAUCACCUGUUACCUCCAGUUUCCAGAUUGUUUGAACUUCUCUGGCGGCACAAUACCGGAGGAAAGACUGAAGCGGCAUAGGGACCCACAGCGUCUGCAGCAUGGGCUGGUUCACUAGGAUUGUCUGUCUUUUCUGGGGAGUAUUACUUACAGCCAGAGCAAACUAUCAAAACGGGAAGAACAAUGUGCCAAGGCUGAAAUUAUCCUAUAAAGAAAUGUUGGAAUCCAACAAUGUGAUCACUUUCAAUGGCUUGGCCAAUAGCUCCAGUUAUCAUACCUUCCUUUUGGAUGAGGAACGGAGUAGGCUGUAUGUUGGAGCAAAGGAUCACAUAUUUUCAUUCAACCUGGUUAAUAUCAAGGAUUUUCAAAAGAUUGUGUGGCCUGUUUCUUACACGAGAAGAGAUGAAUGCAAGUGGGCUGGAAAAGAUAUCCUGAAAGAAUGUGCUAAUUUCAUCAAAGUACUUAAGGCUUAUAAUCAGACUCAUUUGUACGCCUGUGGAACGGGGGCUUUUCAUCCAAUUUGCACCUACAUUGAAAUUGGACAUCAUCCUGAGGAUAACAUUUUUAAACUGGAAGAUUCACAUUUUGAAAAUGGCCGUGGGAAGAGUCCAUAUGACCCUAAACUACUGACAGCCUCUCUUUUAAUAGACGGAGAAUUAUACUCUGGCACUGCUGCUGACUUUAUGGGGCGAGACUUUGCUAUCUUCCGAACUCUUGGGCACCACCACCCCAUCAGGACAGAGCAGCACGAUUCCAGGUGGCUCAAUGAUCCAAGGUUCAUUAGUGCCCACCUCAUCCCAGAGAGUGACAACCCUGAAGAUGACAAAGUGUAUUUUUUCUUCCGUGAAAAUGCGAUAGAUGGAGAACACUCUGGAAAAGCCACUCAUGCUAGAAUAGGUCAGAUAUGCAAGAAUGACUUCGGGGGGCACAGAAGUCUGGUGAAUAAAUGGACAACGUUUCUCAAAGCUCGUCUGAUUUGCUCCGUGCCAGGUCCGAAUGGCAUCGACACUCAUUUUGAUGAAUUGCAGGAUGUUUUCCUAAUGAAUUCUAAAGAUCCUAAAAAUCCAAUCGUAUAUGGAGUAUUUACAACUUCCAGUAACAUCUUCAAGGGAUCAGCAGUGUGUAUGUACAGCAUGAGUGAUGUGAGAAGGGUGUUCCUUGGUCCAUAUGCUCACAGGGAUGGUCCCAACUAUCAGUGGGUGCCUUAUCAAGGAAGAGUCCCCUACCCCCGGCCAGGAACUUGUCCCAGUAAAACAUUUGGUGGAUUUGACUCUACAAAGGACCUUCCUGAUGAUGUUAUAACAUUUGCAAGAAGUCAUCCAGCCAUGUACAAUCCAGUGUUUCCUAUCAAUAACCGCCCAAUAAUGGUCAAAACGGAUGUAAAUUAUCAGUUUACACAAAUUGUAGUAGAUCGAGUGGAUGCAGAAGAUGGCCAAUAUGAUGUCAUGUUUAUUGGAACAGAUGUUGGGACCGUUCUUAAAGUAGUUUCAAUUCCUAAGGAGACUUGGCAUGAUUUAGAAGAAGUUUUGCUGGAAGAAAUGACAGUUUUUCGGGAAGCAACUGCUAUUUCAGCAAUGGAACUUUCUACAAAGCAGCAACAACUAUAUAUUGGUUCAACCACUGGGGUUGCCCAACUACCUUUACACCGGUGUGAUAUUUACGGAAAAGCCUGUGCAGAGUGUUGCCUGGCCCGCGACCCUUACUGUGCCUGGGAUGGUUCUUCAUGUUCUCGUUAUUUUCCUACUGCAAAGAGACGCACAAGACGACAAGAUAUAAGAAAUGGAGACCCACUGACUCACUGCUCAGACUUAGAACACCACGAUAAUCACCAUGGCCACAGCCUUGAAGAAAGAAUCAUCUAUGGAGUAGAAAAUAGUAGCACGUUCCUGGAGUGCAGUCCAAAGUCACAGCGGGCUCUGGUCUACUGGCAAUUCCAGAGGCGGAAUGAAGAACGAAAAGAAGAGAUCAGAGUAGAUGAUCAUAUCAUCAGGACAGAACAAGGCCUUCUAUUGCGCAGCCUACAGCGGAAAGAUUCAGGCAAUUACCUCUGUCAUGCUGUUGAACAUGGAUUCAUGCAAACUCUUCUUAAAGUGACCUUGGAAGUCAUUGACACAGAGCAUUUGGAAGAACUUCUUCAUAAAGAUGAUGAUGGAGAUGGCUCUAAGACCAAAGAGAUUUCCAACAGCAUGACACCUAGCCAGAAGGUCUGGUACAGAGACUUCAUGCAGCUCAUCAACCACCCAAACCUGAACACAAUGGAUGAGUUCUGUGAACAAGUUUGGAAAAGGGACCGAAAACAACGUCGGCAAAGGCCUGGACAUACCCAAGGGAACACUAAUAAAUGGAAGCACUUACAGGAAAAUAAAAAAGGUAGAAACAGGAGGACCCAUGAAUUUGAGAGGGCACCCAGGAGUGUCUGAGCUGCAUUACCUCUAGAAACCUCAAACAAGUAGAAACUUGCUUAGACAAUAACUGGAAAAAAAUGCAAUAUACCUGAACUCUUUUCAUGGCAUUAUGUGGAUGUUUACAACGGUGGGAAAUUCAGCUGAGUUCCACCAAUUAUAAAUUAAGUCCAUGAGUAACUUUCCUAACAAACAGGCUUUCUUCCUAAUACCAACACCUAGUAGAGGUCACAGGUGAAUGCGGAUAUUCACUCUAGCAGACUUAAUGUUUCCUACAAGAUUUCAUUGUACAGGUUUCACCUUCUUCUUUGCCUGAGAAAUAAAAAUGUCAUUUGCCAUAUUGCCAUCUAAAGAAGAAAAACUGCAUCAGCAAAGCCAUUUUACUGAACUAAAAGUUUAAAAUAAACUGCAUGGAUUUAGUAAGCUGAUGACUAUUCCAAAAUGUGGUUGGAUUCAAGGAUAUUUUUUGUCUACCAGCACUCUUGUUUGUAUGUACUGGAGGAGUAAAAUGAUACUGAAUCAAAUGGUCUGUGGAAAUAUAAAAAACAUAAACCAUCCAGCAUCCAGAAGAACAAUGGAAUACACUGAUCUACUACUGAUGUCUUCUUUCAGCUUUGAUCUAAAGAUGUAUUUUAUUAAAGCUAUAAUUUAAAUGUACCAUGACAAAUAUGCAGUAAAAAUUAGUUCUUUUUCUAAGCUAGAGUAGGUUUUUGUCUUACAAAUAUUGUGCUAUAUAGUUUUUGUUUUAAAAAUUCCAAUUUUGUGCUGCUUUUUAUUUUUUUAAUUUUCUUUUCAGUUCGAUAAGAGGGAUAGCUGAUAUUGUCUUAGAAACACAUAUACAUCUAUAACAGUUGUUUCCUAAAACCUAGAUAUAAAUUAUUCUUUAUUUUUCUGAGGAUAUUAAACGAAUGGAAGCCUUUCACACCUUCCCGCUUUAAGUAUUAUCUAAAUUUAACCUGCGUACUGUUCUCAUAAAAACAACGAAAAGGCCUUUAACCAGGAAAAAAAGGGAAAAUAAUUGAUUUGUUAAAUGCAUUUUAUUGCUUCUAGUGGAUUAAUGAGUAGAAAACGAACUGUGUAUGUCAUGAAACUAAAAAGCGUUGUCUUAAUAUAGUGUUAAAAGAAAAUGUCUCUUCAUUCUGUACUUGAAUCCCUACAUGAUAUUUGAGACAUAAAAAAACUCUCUCUUGAUUCCAUUGGGGAUUACAUUUGUAUCACUUCAUUUUUUUUAAAAAGAGAGAGAAGAUCUAUAAUAUUAAAACAAACAUCAUAAAGGCAAAUUUUCCAACUCUGUUUAUAUCUGUAUCAGUCAUUUGCUAACUGCCACUUAUCUCACCUUAAGACACUUAAUCUGUCUAAAGAACACAACUCUUUUUUAUCUCAACAGGAGUGACUUUUAUAUAAACUGUUGUCCAAGACACAAUCCCCACUUAAGCAAUGUAAAACUCUUCAUCCUCUGCAACAACUUCUAAAUUGUGAUAAAAUCCUAUUAAUUAAGGGCUUGCCUGCAUUAUUGUUCUAUGACGAUUCAUUGAUAAUCAUUGACUUCAAGAUGCAUAAGACCUUCAGCAUUACAAUACUGUUUCUUUUGCACUGCGCUCACCUUUCUAGGAAUCCCUCUGUAGGUCCAUCAUGCACAAAAAAAAAAAAAAAAAAUGCAAAGAAAACAUCUUAAUGCUAAUUAAUGAAGCAGCAUUGAAAUUCUAACCCUAGCUGUCUUGGGAUUCUAAUUAACUCAGCAUUAAUUUCUCACCUCAGACUACAGUGAAUUUUUUAAAAUUCCCCAUCAGCUGAAAUAUUUCACAGAUGGAAGCUCAUGUUUCAGUUUUAAUGAUUCCUUUGAAUAAACAAUUUGUUGAUGCGUCUUUCAAAUGAAAAAGCCUAAAAAAUAUUCUACAUUCAAUUUUAGGCUUCAUUGACUAAUCUGGUGUUGCUUUUAGAAGUACAUCCUGAAGUGGAAGAUGAAUUGUUAAAUUAUUUGAAGGACACACUCCUUUACAGAAAAAAAGUAUUUGAAAUAUAAAUCAAAGAACAAAGAAUGCUCCAAAUAGGUCAUUCUUGCAUACAUCAAGUAUCUUAACUGUACUAAAAUGCAGUGUUGCAUUUCAUUUUAAACUUGCAGCUGAAACAAAUUUAUCUGCAAUAACAGAAGUACCUGAUUUCUUAUUAGUCUUCAAAAAAGGGAUUUUAAGGGAUAUAGAUUAUAUAACUGCAGGGAUGCCUUCCCAUACCUGAAUGCAUUUUGUUUAGCUACGAAAUACCAAUAGAAAGAAAGUCAAGACUUUGAUUAAAAGACACGAACCAGUCUACUGGCAUGUAUUUAUAAACUAUCAGGUCUAAGUUUCAAAAAAAAUUAAAGCUAUAACUUGCAAGUAAAUAACUCAUUACAGUCAUAACCUUCUGCCAAUGAGUAUUGAGAGGGGCAGUCUGCAUGAAAAAUAAUGUCCUAUUUAAUUUAGUUUUAAUAGUCUUUGGCAUAUACAUGUAUCAUCAGAGAUGAAACUGUGUUCAGAGACUCAUGUGAUCUUAAGCAAAGUAUGACAGCAGUCUCAAGAUAGGCAAAAGGGGCAUCAGCAGAGAAAUCAUGGCCCAGAUGAAAUCAAAUGUAAAAUGUAAACGCAUGUAAACGCACACUUAAGGCUUCUUUUUAUGUAUUAUUUAGUGAUUUUCAGUGGUAUGUGUUUAGUAGUUCAAUAUUUGCUACCUACACAUUAGGCAAAAGAGAUGUAAAUAAUUUUGAAAAGAAGGAGAAGAACAGUGUAAAAUACAACUUUUUCUAGGUAUUCCAUUUCAAUGUGUUCAACAUCAUCCUAGAAUGCAAGAUUUUUCCCCCACAGGUGACAAGGUGGUUUAUGUGCUAUUUAAGGGCAAAAGGUGUAUGCCCAUUCACUAAGCAUGUUUUUUACCAGGUAGUAAAUAUGUUCCAUAUCUGUAUUUAUCAUUGCAUUUCAGAUGGGAACUAGAAAACUGGAGAGAAAAAUGUAAUGAAACUGCUGCUGUAAAUUAUUUCUUUUAGCAUGUAUUCAGUUGCUAAAUACACAUUUCUUCAAAAUA